AUGCCGCUGGACAACGACGAUCUCCUCCGUGAGAUCCUCCUCCUCCUGCCUCCGGAGCCGUCCUCCCUGCUCCGGGCCUCCGUUGUGUGCAAGCGCUGGCGCCGCUUCGUCUCCGAUCGCGGCUUCCUCCGGCGCUUCCGCGCGCACCACGGGAAGCCCCCGGUCCUCGGCUUCUUCUGCGUCAAUGCUGGUACCGGUUAUUACUUCAGUCCCACGCUGGAUCCGCCCGACCGCAUCCCGGCCGCGCGAUUCUCCCUGCCGCAGCGCCACAGGGAGAGCUUAGACUUCGUGGAGUGCCGCCACGGCCUCGUCCUUUUCCUCGACAAGAAACUGUCCGAGGCCGUCGUGUGGAACCCCAUCUCCGGUCGCCAGCGCCGAGUGGCCAUUCCACCAGAGUUUGGCAACCCUGAAAAGUGGGGCAUCAUAUACGCUGUGGUGCUCUGCGCAGCCGGCGAUGACGACCAUGGCCAUGGGCAUGGUGACUGCGACCUGGACUAUUUUAAAUUGGUCGUGGUGCGCAUGGGCGUAAAAGACUACAGGCAUGUAUCGGCUUGCCUCUACGAAUCCAAGUCUGGUGUGUGGGGAAAUGUUGUCUCAACAACGACCACAGGAGCGUUCAUUUUUCCGGCAAAACCCAGCGUCCUUGUCGGGAAUGCACUUUGCUGGUUGCUUAAUAGAAAAACUGAAGGUGACAUCCUUGAGUUUGAUUUUGAAGUACAGAAGCUUGUUGUAACUGAGAGGCCACUGGACUGCGAGAUUGCCAACCGUGGCCUUCCCUUCCUCCGAAUCAUGCGGACAGAGCAAAAUAAUCUUGGACUCAUCGGUUACACAGGACGGAGCCUGCGGUUAUGGGAGCGGAAGGUCAAUUAUGAUGGUGUUGCUACAUGGUUCCUUCAGAAAACAAUUGAUCUGGUCAAGCACCUUUCGCCCGUCGAGCUCAGAUGGAGUUCAAUAAAUGGGUACGAUGAGGAUCACAAUGUGCUAUUUCUGUGGAUAUUUAAUGGUUCUUUAAUGAUCCAACUCGACUCAAUACAGUUCGGUAACUGUUCUCGAACCAAUCUCGACGCCACCACACCUCCAGUAAGAAAAGAAAUCUACACCACCUAUGUUCCCUACACAAGUUUUUCUGCUGCAGGUAAUAGCCGGUUCUUACAAAUCCAAUUAUCUUGUGGUGUGUGGUUGCUGUAA